AUGCACAUCCAAACUCCACAGCAUGGCGCGUCCGCCGGCCAACCAGUGCAAGAGUCCAUCUACAAUGCAUUCGACUCUAAUAUGAAAAAGAUCGACCGCCAAGCCAUCAGCCAGGAGUCGAAGAUUAACAAGCGGUACGACGCCAAGAGAGCCCGUGCAGAGUCAAAAUACAAAAAUCCGGGUGUUUUUGACAUCUGCAUUCUCACACGCAACCUCACUUCCAAGCUGGAAAAGAUUGAGCAAGCUCGAGAACGGGCACUCCAGAAGCACCGGUACAAGAUCCAAAUGAAGCGCUUAGCACAGGAGGAGACACUCUCCAAUCUUGCUCAGUCAUGGUUGUACCGACUUUAA